GGAAGAUAUUAGCCCUCAGAAUACUAGAAGGGAUCAGGUGUCCUCUGCUUCAUCGCUUCAUCUAGGAGAUGAGCGUGCUUGUUACCUAGGGGACCCUGUUGGAGCAGCAUACGAUGAGGCAGAAGAAGGAGCGCUGAGGCUAAACGGAGGUGGAGGACGCAGUACUAGAAUCCCAACGAUUUCUCCUGCUUCUAGAACAUCUAUGAAGAGCAGAAGGACACGAACUUCUGGAAUCGAUUUCGAGGCUACUCCUUUCAACAAGAACUCGUUGUUUAGAAGUACUCUUGGUAGUACCCAAGAUGAAGACGGGGAGGACGACGAAUUGCUCGAAGAAGAACAGCAGAUUGAGGAAUUGCAGUACAAUACUUUUCAUCAGAGGAACAAUAAUCUGCUGAACACCGCAAAGUUAAGGGUUUCCACGUUGCAUCCUGAACUUUCAUCUUUGAAUCUUUUCCCACUAAGAAAGAAGGCAAGGAUGUUCUGAAGAAUGCAAAGGCGGAACCUCUAUCAAAAAGUCAAUGGCACAAUCGAAAACCAUUAGAGAGUGCGCGCUUACAAGUUUACAGUGCCGAACUAGAUGAGGCUGUGAGAAAACGGGAUGCUUCCUCAAGUUCCUUAGUAGUCGACGCCGCGACCAAUAGUGGUAGUUUCUUCUUUACGCCUAGAAAGAAGCCAGAAGAGAAGAUAGGUGACAGAGGAAGGACGAACUCAGCAGACGAAAGCGCGCGCAAGAGAUACGAGAUGAUCUUACGGCGUCAUUCUACUCCACUACUGAUUAUCAGAUUCUAGCCUAUGCACUCCCCUAUCGAAUCUAUGUACUUACUUCCUUAAACCGUGUCCUAGACCAAAUAGGAAGCCAGUGAAGUUACAGCACUACAAGGGACACGCAACUAUUGUGCGCAAUUUUUUUCUGAGACCACUUGGCAAUGAAAGUAGACACAUCUAACCCCAGCCCAAGUCCAGCGCGAAUCCCGUACCGCUAGGAGCACUGGUGUGGUACCAGAGGACUUCGAUCCUUUGCGCAACCUUGUGGCGCCACCAGCUCUACAUUCGCCAUUUAGAACGAAAGCCUUGUUGGAAGGAGGAAAAAACGGUGGAUGGAUUGACUUGCAGAAAUGACCUUUUUGGGAGGGAAGGUGCACUGAUAAGUCUGUUGAAGCUAUUGCCGAUACUAUGUAUGUGUUGUAAAAAACGUUGCACUAACUACACCAGUACUGUAGUAGCCAGAGUAGUGAAUGGCAGCAGAAGUAAGAGGUAGAAAGUUUCAUGUAAAAUCAAAAAAUUGCGAUUACGACGCAUCUCCACAGAUGAAGUGACGAAAAGACUGACACCCUUGUAGCCUAAUUGAAGUAAAAAAGUUCAGAAACAGUAUCUAGUUCUAUGCAAACAGUAUCUAGGUCUAUGCAAACAGUAUCUAGUUGGAUUCAAACAGCAUCUCGUUCUAUUCAAAAAAUAAUGUACCUUCUCGUACGUCUGGCAAAUGCACCGCAGCCGUAAAUGCACCGCAGUCUACGUCCUCUAGUAAAGUGCUGAGAAAAAAAGGUCUAGUAGAGCUUGUUCUUUUUUCUUGAGUAGCUAAGAAACAUGCAGUGAUCACUAGUAUAUGGAGAACAGUGAAAUACUUUAGUAGGUCACUGAUGAUCAUUUCCAUAAGUCGGACUUGCCUGUUUCGAAUGUCGUUUCAUGCGUACACAUCAGAUAGCAAAGUACUAGUGACACGAUAGACACUAGGUCUAGUAGACAAUUUAAAACGUAUAAACUACACAAAAUGCGUGAGCGCCACCUACAGAAAAGCAUGCUUCUAAUGAACGUAGAAAGUACUAGAAUUGAAGAGGAAGAGAAUGCAUAGAUGCGAGCGGAAUGCUGCAAGCAUGCUUAUAAAGAACGUAGAAACUUCGAAAGCUAGUACUUGAGGCUGUACAACUAGUGUUUAGGAAACAGAGAACUAAAAGGGCUCAUGCUACAUGCAUGAUACAUACAGCAUAUGAUUCGACCUUAUUUCCCUAGACUAUUAUAGCUUGUCAACGUAUUAUUAAUAUUAUAGCUUGUCAACGUGUCUUCGAUCUUAUCAACGGUAGUGGUUGUGCAUAUGCGAACGUUUCAUAUUUCUUGUUUUCUUUCAUAAUUCGCCUGAGGGUCUUCAGACGAACUCUUAGCAAAGCGGGACUUUCCCGUAUAUGGGCAGGAGUCUUUUCUGAGGAUUACACCAGGAUCUAUUCAUUGCCAACAGUAUUGAUAAGUGUUGGCCGUUAUCAAGAUGUUUUUCCAAAAAAAAAAACCACUAAAAAUCCACUACCGCCUCGGCUGGAACUAGCUAAGCAAGUGCCCCAUAAGGAGAAGAAGAG